AUGAAUUCGAUGACUUCAGCAGGCCCCACGGCCAACUCUGUGUUUGUGGCGGCACCCCAAAACCCGUAUCCCACGAUGCCGGGGGCCAUGUCUCAGGGACCCCUGUAUCCAUGGAACCAACCCCAAGUCCACCUAAUUCCCGGAAACCCUCCUGGUCCGGAGCCAUCCGCAUGUGUGCGACCUGACCAGAGAGGCUUGAAAGAGGGCAAAGUCCUAGGGGCCAUCCAGAUCCUGAUAGGCCUGGUACACAUUGGCCUGGGCUUUGUCAUGGCGACCCUCCUCAGGUCCUACCAAGCCUUCUCGUUCUACAAAGGCUUUCCCUUCUGGGGAGGCAUCUGGUUUAUCAUUUCAGGAUCCCUCUCGGUGUCAGCAGAAAAGCAGCCCAAAUCUCCUUCCCUGGUGAAGUGCAGCUUGGGCUUCAACAUCGUCAGUGUAAUCUAUUCUGUGACAGGAAUGAUAUUCUUCAUCAUAGACAUGAGUAUCAACUCCCUAUAUGUCUACACUGACUACUAUAUCCACUGGAGUUUGACCCCUGGAAUGGCUGUUUCCAGUGUGCUGCUCAUCUUCUGCCUCCUGGAGUUCUGCAUUGCAUGCACAGCUAUCAACUUUGGAUGCCAACUGGUCUGCUAUUCACAGAACCAUGUGGGCAUGGUCUUACCCAAUGUCUAUGUGGCAACAUCCACUGUCGUCCCAGAACCAGCGAACCCGCCACCGACUUAUUCCACUGAGGUGCAAGGCUCCAAAUAA